CUGGGCUGAGCCUCGCUUUCACUUUUGAGUUGGAGAUCCGUGCCUCGGAGCCACGCGGGGGUGGCACGGUGGCUUCAUGGCGUUCUUGCUCAUGCCCCAUGGGGGCCUCAGCCUUCAACCCUCCCACUCCAUUCACCAUUCACCAUUCCUCCCGUCGACGCUCGCUUGUCCAUCUCUCCUUCUCGCCCGCAAUUCCUAUUCUUUGUCUUCUCCUCGUCUUUCGCUCCAGCACUCACGCCACUCAUGAGCCUCGACGUCAUCCGCAAUGCCCAGACCGCCCCCGUCCCCAUCACCACCCGCCUCGACCUUCAGCUUCAUGUCGGGCAAUUUUGACUUUCCACAUGCCUCAACCUCGCCUCCGCCUCCCCCGCGCGGCUAUCACGAGCAGUUCCGAGAGCACGUCAUCCGCCGGCAGCAAGAGCAGGCCGCCCGAGAGAACGCGGCGAGCGACCGAGAAGACAGCGUGAUCCCCCCCCGUCGACCGCGAAUCGAGCCACCUCGACGUCGACCUCUCCGUCGAACGCUGCUAGGUGAAAGGGAGUCGCGGGAUGCAAAUUCGUUGCUCCGGAGACCCCCGCCACAACCCACCACAGCUCGUCCGCGAGCUACCCCAAGCGAGCGCUACCUUCGCCGCUCUCAUGCGAGAGCGCGCGACCAGCGCACCAACAACGGUAUGGACUCCCCCGACCCCCUCGACUCGCUCAGCGACGGCUCGAAUCUCUUCGCACUUGCAAAUUCCAACACCCGCCCGCGCAGCCCCGCGGGCGAGUUGGACGGCUCGCGGAGACAUUCAAAGCGCAGGAAGCUCGACCAUGACGCCAACAGCCCCCCCGGAUACGACAGCUUCAAGUACGGCCACCAUGGCCAAGUCGUUCCAGGGCGUUUGAAGAUGGAGGUGGUGAGCUGCGACGGCGGAGAAUACAAGAAAUCCAACUCGGAUGGUCUGUACAAGAUCCAGAACGUCCUCAAGAACGACAAGAGCGUCUACUGCAGUGAAAGCUCGCGGUGCAACCUCCUCCUGAAGCACAUGGGAGAAAUGCACUUUGCUCUCGAAAAGGUCGUCAUCCGAACCCCGGACCGUGGCUUCACCGCUCCCGUGCAGGAGGGCUUGAUUUUCGUCUCCAUGUCAUCAGACGAGCUUGUCAGCCAGACUUCGGAUUGGAAAAUCGAGUACGACUCGCCAUUGCCACGUCGGUCUGCUACUCCAAACCCUUCCGGCGACCAGCAAAUUUCGCUACAAGAGGCCGUUGAUGAUCCGUACAUCUGGGAGAACUCCCGCCAAGGACGACAAGAAGCCGCGGAAGAAGCACUUGAGCGCCUCGAGCUGCAGAAUCGUCGUCGUUGGCGAAGGAAUUACGAUGAAGCCAUGCGAGAGAGGCACCAAGGGGAACGCAGGAGUGCAGAGACGCAGGAAGACCCUUUCAUUGAGCACUGCGAUUAUCCCGCCGAUGAUUCCUUCGCAACCGCUGCCGGUAUUUCUGCGCCUACCCCGCCUCCAUUUACCAUCACCACUGAAAGCGGCGAGGAGUCGGAGGAGCAGGAAGAGGUUCCCAGCGCUGCCAUCAUGGCUGACAGGCUUCGCCGAGAGAGUCGGUGGCGAUCAGACAGUGGCGAUGAUGAUGAUGACGAUGAUGAUGAAUUGUUGUAUCGGUUUCCUCCUCCACGUCGAGCUUUCGCUUUAGAUUCCAUGGAAAACUUCUCCGGCCGUUGGCGAAGGGACCGUCGCGAUAUUGAGCCGAUCCGUGCUACCCGUCUCCACGCCCCAAGUCGUAUUGAGCGGAAAGAUAGUGCCUCUGAUAGCGAUGGGUUGGGAACUGUGCCUGCCCGGUUCUUCAUCGCGAGGAACAAGAACAAGAUCACCAUUAGGUUUCAUCCUGCAGUGUCUGGAAAGUUCAUCCUCCUCAAGCUCUGGAGCCCAACCCACAACGGCAAUAUCGACAUAGAACACGUCCAAUUCCACGGAUACUCUGGCCCACGAUAUUUCCCCGCGCAACAGCUUCGCUAGUGCGAGCACUCACGCACGCCUGUAGGGGCACUAGAUAUGACCGUAAUGUUUCACGAAGCCUUUCACACUCGUAAAUAUUCUACGGCAUAAUAUGAAUUGUUUCCUUGUCUGUUUUGGAAUUGACAUUGGCGUUUGACCGUCAUUACUAGGAUAUGUAAUAGGUCUUUUCAGCCUCGAUUUUAUUCAUGUCGAAAUGAGUGUAGAGUUCCGACGACAUUGGGGCGCGUUGGGCACAGUGUCAGCCCAACUAGUCCCCUCUGUAGUGCAUUUAGCCUAGAUCAUGCGUGUACAGUCAAGCAAGGAUUUCGUCCUGAGCAUACCUACCUAGCUCUCUCAAUCCUAAUGGAAGCUCCCGUUUGGCAUGUAUCUACAUAGCUGGGUACAUACAUACAUU